AUGCUCGACAAGAUAGAAGGCCUGACUAGGGCGCAGUAUGAAGAGCUGAGGAGCGAAAAUGCGAAGUGCUUGAAAAUAAUCGGGGACAAUGAGGCGGCUAUAGAGAAGAUCAAGGAAAGUGGCGAUCUGGACGACCCCGAGCAGUAUGAGAGGAAGAACGAGGAAAUACGUGGGUGUGUUGCGGAGAAGGAGCGUGAAGUUGGAGAAUUAAGAAGGCGUGAAAAGGAAGCGGCUGAAGAGAGGCAGAAGUGGGAAGAGAGGACGGCGAGGGAGAAGGAAAAGGAGAGAAAUUGA